AUGUCGUCAUCAUCUCAGUUUGAAGAAGUAUUGCCCAAUGAAUUGAUAUUAAUGAUAUUUGAAUAUUUAAAAGCUUAUGAUUUAUUUCAAUCCUUCUACAAUCUGAAUAGAAGAUUUAAUAAUUUAUUUCAUUCUAUACCUUUAUAUCAUAUCGAUUUGAAUAAUAUUGAAGGAAAAGCAACAUUAGAUUAUUAUCAGCAUUCAGUUAUACCAAAAAUUCAAUAUCAACAAAAUGAACCAGCAAUUGUUUUCGAUAUGAAUGAUGAUAGAUGCCAUUGUAUGAGAAUUCUCAAUCAAUUAAAACUAAUGAAUUUAAAAUCAUUAAGAAUAAAAAACUUGAAUGCAGAUAAUGGCAUUUAUUUACUAUCAAUAUUACCAAUGUUUAAACAACUAGCGUUCUUAUGCAUUCAAUCAAAAGUUGAUUUAAAUUUAAAACAAUUUUUACAAAUAAUUACCAUGACUUCAUUAAAACAAUUUCAACUUUUGUUUUUGAAUUAUUAUUAUCCUUCAUAUGGAUCAAUAGAAUCACAAAUAACAUUAUCAAAUAUUGAAUAUUUAUGUAUCUAUAGAUAUUUUCGAAUUACACAACUUCAAGAAUUACUUCGAUAUUUACCAAAAUUAAAAAAACUGUUUAUAUAUAUUAGAUCUAGUGGUUGUUCAACGUCUGUUAAUAAUAAUCUUCAUCAAUUUGUACCAAAUUUAAACGAUUUACAAUUAUUUGUACAAGAUUUAGGUAUCUACAUGUUGCUAUUAUUCUCAAAAUAUUUUAUGAUUAAUGAUGCUUUUUUCAUUGUACGUAGAAAGAGUUCUUUGUUUUUCACUUAAACAUGGUGUUUGGUAGAGAGACAGUCCUCUAUAAAAACUAAAAUAUCAUCUAGCACUUCAUGAUAUUUUCUUUUAGAAUUAUGAUCAUCAUGCUGAUGAAGGAGGAUACUGUUCUGAUGAUAAGACUAAUGAGUUUGGAUCUAUGACUCUUAUUCGAAGAGUCAACUAUAAGUAACUACUUAUUUUGAAAAGAAAACUUUUCGACGUAAGAACUGUAUAGAAAGCCAAGGGAUGGAUUACGAUGAGAAAUUUUUGGCGAAGGCUAGUCCAAAAUUCGAAUAACUAGGAGGAUUUUACUAUUGUUUAAAGUUACUUGGCUUCUAAAGAUAUUUAAAAUGUUAGGAACUAACCAUGCAAUCCUUUAAAAAUGCAUUUGUAAUCUCGUUAUACUGUGGAAAGUCAAAUUUGGCCGAUGCAUGCUGAAGUGUUUGCACAUUGACAACAGCUUGUUCAAUGUGUUUAUAAUACUCUCAAGUUGUGCAUAGAUAUAAUAAGAAUAGAAACUAAAGAAUGAGAUAAUUCUUCAGUUUUUUUCCGUACAAGAACGGAAGAUAAAAUUCAGAUUACACAGCGACAAUUUGAAACUAGAAAUCGAAGAGGUACGAAUGUUUUCUUUCUGUACUCGAGUAUAAAAUUUUUCGAAAAAGCUGACGAUUCUAAAAAUAUUGAUCUUCUUUUGAUACGAAUAUAGCUAAGAAGGUCAUCAAAUUUUUAUAUUAUAGAUUAAAACCCAUCGCAGAUACAAGUAACCAAAAAGUUGUACUUAAAUAUAGUUGACUAAGAGUACUAUCUCGUACUGAUCCAUCUCUAACUUACACAUUAAUUUGACUUUAUAUUACAUCUUGACAGAUACACUUUGUAUUUUUUGUUUCGUAUGUUUUGAAAAGAACAAAAAUAUUUUAACGAGAAUCGUAUUUUUAAGAAUUGAUAAAGACAUCAAGAAAGUAUACGAUGAUGAGCUAUUUGAUUUGAGAAAGUUUAGAGUAAAACUAAAAAUUAGUAUUUUUCAAGCUGAAUCAGAACUCGAAACAGGGAUGAUUCUUUAAUUCCUGUCUUUUACUCUUAUGUCCACCACUAUAUUUUAUUGAAAUAUUCUUGAUUAUAGUUCUUUUUGUGUACUCAAAAAUUGAGUACACUCUAGAAUCGGUCAGUGUGUCCGUCCGUCCGUCCGUUUACACGAUAACUUUUGAAAGGGGAGUCCGAUCACGAUGAAAUUUUCUAUACAGUUCAGUCUUAACAAUGUCUCGGUCGAGUUCGAAGAUGAGAAGGAUCCGUCAAGAAAUGGCUGAGUUAUCAAAAAAAUUGUCAUCACUGAGAAGGCCAUCCCUGGGGGGGGGGGGGGACAGGGAUUUUUUCAAAAAAAAAAGUUUUUCUCAAAAUUAUUCACAACAUAUAUAAAUCGACUCAGUUAUUAACGGUGAUUCCGAAUGUGAUAUUAGUUUUGAACCAAAUCGUAGCUUUCUAACAAGACAUCUCCCGAAAAAGGUCUCAAAACGCAGAAAAACUACAUGAAGAAAGCAAAUAGUCUAGAUAUGUCUCAGAUGAUAAAAAAAACACAGCGAAUAUAGCUUUUCACCUUUUGAAGUACAGAUAACACUCAGAUUUAAAUCCGAUGUUUUCGCAAUUAUUUAAUGUCAACCACGAAGCCGCCUCCACAAAGCUUACGUGUGAGUUAAGUUUAAGAAACUUUAUUCCAUAAGAAAGGUGAAUGGUUAAAAAAUUUGCUUUAAAUUAGAAGAUAAAAUUUCUUCAAUCAGUCCAAAAUUCCGUUGUUUACUCCCAAAAAAAUGUUUUCUAAGAAUAAUUUAACCUGUUCUACGAAAAAGAGAAACUCAAAAUCUUUGUAUUUAGACGCUUUUUUUUCGAUAAAUUUUUAGUUUUAACUUCUUACUAUUGAUUAUAUUGAC